AUGGACUAUCUUGUAGUUCAUAAUGCUGCACGUGCUGAAGUUGGAGUUACGCCAUUGAAGUGGGACAAAAAACUAGAAUCACAUGCUCAUGAGUUUGUGAAUGAACAUAUUGCAAAUUGUAGAGGAAUAAUGUCUACGCCGGCUGAGUUUUAUAGUGGUAUCUACGGCCAAAACUUAGGAUAUAGUCCGUUUCGUGGUACAAUAGCAUCUGCAGCGGCGUAUUGGGUAGCACAGAAACGAAAGUAUGAGCACAAAUCUAACAAAUGCAUUGAUGGUAACCCUGACACUUGUCAUUGCUACGUUCAAAUUGUUUGGGGUGCAUCAACUUAUUUAGGUUGCGCAAGAGGGGAGUGCCACAAUAAUGAAGGCACCCUUGUUACUUGUUAUUAUUAUCCUAGCGCCAACUUUCCGGCUCAACGCCCCUACUCAGUGCAUUAA